AUCAUUAUCAAAUGUCAAUUAAAUGUUUCAUUUUGAAACAAUUAAUAUUACGAAAAUGCUAGAUUUUUAAACAUUACUAAAAUAAAAGCAUUAAGCAAUAAAUUUACAAGAAAACAAUGACUCGUUAUUACUAUUAUUUCAUUUUUACUUUCUUAUUCACAAUGAGUAUAAGCAAUGCGAUUGAGAUUCCUGAAAAGUUUCAAAAAUCAAAUCAUACAAACAAUUGGGCAGUAUUAGUGGAUACAUCAAGGUUUUGGUUCAACUAUCGUCAUGUGGCUAACGUGCUGUCGAUAUACCGGAGUGUGAAGCGGCUUGGUAUUCCUGAUAGUCAAAUUAUACUAAUGAUUUCUGACGAUAUGGCUUGCAACCCGAGGAAUCCCCGCCCAGCUACAAUUUUUAAUAAUGCACAUGAACAAAUUAAUGUUUACGGAGAUGAUGUUGAGGUAGAUUACAGAGGAUAUGAAGUUUCAGUUGAAAACUUUGUACGUCUUCUAACUGGUCGUGUACCUCCUGAUACACCGAGGUCAAAGCGUCUUCUCACCGAUGAGGGAAGUAAUAUUCUUAUCUAUCUCACUGGGCAUGGUGGAGAUGGUUUUCUAAAGUUCCAAGAUUCUGAAGAAAUAACAAGUCAAGAGUUAGCAGAUGCUCUAGAACAAAUGUGGCAGAAAAGAAGAUAUAAUGAAAUAUUUUUCAUAAUCGACACAUGUCAAGCAUCAUCCAUGUAUGAAAAGUUUUACUCUCCAAACAUACUUGCAACAGCCAGCAGUUUAGUUGGAGAAGACUCACUUUCUCACCAUGUUGAUUCUGCAAUAGGUGUGUACAUAAUAGAUAGGUAUACAUACUAUGUCUUGGAAUUCUUGGAAAAUGUACAUCCCAACAGUAUGAAGACAAUGUCUGAAUUUCUCGCUGUAUGUCCAAAAAGUGCAUGCUUAUCAACAGUGGGUGUUCGAAGAGACCUUUUCAAACGUGAUCCCAGCAAGGUUCCCAUAACAGAUUUCUUUGGGUCAGUCAGACCAAUCAUUAUUACCACCGAUCCAAUUGACAUUCAAGAAAUACCAAAGAGGAAAAAGACUAUAAACAAAACUAAAGUACCAGAGAAGAGAGAGUAUGUACCACAAUUCCCAAUGCAUUUAGUCAAAACAACUGUAUAAGUAAUGAUUAGUAUUAAUAUUUAUUACAAUAAUAAAAAUCUUGGGUCAUA